UCAUAAAAAAAGUACUCAUUGACGCCGAAACCAUAGCCGCCAUUAUUGUGAAAUAAUUUUUCAAAAUAAAUUUCACGUGCUCCUAAUCGAUUACGGCCUUAAAUUAGUAAAUAAAUUUGUUGAAAUCCACACAUCAUGGCUGACAACGAUGAUCUUCUGGACUACGAAGACGAGGAGCAGGCAGAUCAGCAGACCGCUGACGGGGCGACAGAAGCGGCGCCAAAGAAAGAGGUUAAGGGAUCCUACGUAUCUAUUCACAGCUCUGGAUUCAGAGAUUUCCUGUUAAAACCCGAAAUAUUGCGCGCCAUCGUCGACUGCGGUUUCGAGCAUCCAUCAGAGGUACAACAUGAAUGUAUUCCACAAGCUGUCCUUGGUAUGGAUAUCCUGUGUCAAGCUAAGUCCGGCAUGGGAAAAACCGCCGUUUUUGUAUUGGCGACACUACAGCAGCUGGAACCUUCAGAAAAUCAUGUAUACGUACUCGUAAUGUGCCACACGAGAGAAUUAGCUUUCCAAAUUAGUAAGGAAUAUGAGCGUUUCUCAAAAUACAUGGCCGGCGUCAGAGUGUCGGUGUUUUUCGGUGGUAUGCCCGUACAAAAGGACGAGGAGGUUCUCAAAACUGCAUGCCCUCAUAUCGUCGUUGGUACACCCGGCAGAAUUCUGGCUUUAGUGAACAGUAAGAAACUGAAUUUGAAACAUUUGAAGCAUUUCAUACUUGAUGAAUGUGACAAGAUGCUAGAAUCUUUAGACAUGAGACGUGACGUUCAGGAGAUAUUCAGAAACACUCCCCACGGUAAGCAAGUGAUGAUGUUCUCUGCUACAUUGAGCAAAGAAAUCAGGCCAGUUUGCAAGAAGUUCAUGCAGGACCCUAUGGAAGUAUAUGUGGAUGAUGAAGCCAAGCUGACAUUGCACGGUUUGCAGCAACAUUACGUGAAACUCAAGGAGAAUGAGAAGAACAAGAAGCUAUUUGAGUUGCUGGAUGUGUUGGAGUUCAAUCAAGUAGUAAUAUUUGUCAAGUCUGUGCAGCGCUGCAUAGCUCUAGCACAGCUGCUGACAGACCAGAACUUCCCCGCUAUUGGUAUACACAGAAACAUGACUCAAGACGAGCGUCUGUCACGUUAUCAACAGUUCAAGGAGUUCCAGAAGAGAAUCCUAGUAGCCACUAACUUGUUUGGAAGAGGGAUGGAUAUUGAGAGAGUGAAUAUUGUGUUCAACUAUGACAUGCCUGAAGACUCUGACACCUACCUUCAUCGUGUGGCUCGUGCUGGUAGAUUUGGUACCAAAGGGUUAGCUAUUACAAUGGUAUCAGAUGAGAACGAUGCCAAGAUCCUCAAUGAAGUUCAAGAUCGCUUCGAUGUCAACAUCACGGAGUUGCCAGAAGAGAUUGAGCUAUCAACUUACAUAGAAGGCCGAUAGAUGAAUCUUCCAUUCCCUUUGUAACCAGUGUUAAUACUUUCUGAAUGCCCUGUAACCUGUUCCAUAUUGACAUAAUAGUGCAGAAAAGUUUGAUUUACAAGAUAUAAUAUUAUUAUCAUUUACAAUUUUUUUUUUGACAUGGUAAAGGACAUUUGGAAAGUAAUGUUUUGUCAACACAAGUGUGUUUCAGUUUAUUUUAAUAAGUAAUGUUCACUUUUCUGGAGUGAAGUGUUUUGUGUGGUUUCUUGAAACACAGCUCAUAUCCAGACGAUAAAGUAACUCUAGGUUAAAGAUUAAUUAAAAUAACAUUUGAUAUUGUGAUAAA